AUGGGCAACUAUACUCUUUCAGGAGGAUCGGCCGCCAAUGCUGUAUUCGUGACUAUACUUUUUGCUUAUGUAUUACAGACGGAAUUGACGCAAUACGUUCAAUCCUCGCUCCAAUUUAGACAACCGUAUCUCCUCUUCUAUAUCGCCCAUUCGUCGUUUGCGGUUGUGCUCCCAGCGCACCUCCUAUAUCUAAAGUACUCGACAGGCAAUAGCCCAUCUAGCUACUUAUCCUCUCUAUGGAGUAUCAUGCAGACCUGCAUACUUGCCCCUUAUUCGACACCUGGCUCCAAGUUCCCAUGGACACGAUAUAUCGUAUUUAUUUCGUUGCUAACAAUAGGGAUAACUUGUCCUGCUCUAAUGUGGUAUGCCAGCGUUUCACUCGCAUCAUUGAGCGACAUAACAGCUCUAUUCAACACUCACGCCUUCUGGGCCUACAUACUAAGCACCGCAUUCCUCCCUCCUCCACCCGACCGACCGCGAUGGCAACCCUACAAACUCUUAGCAGUCUUACUUGCAUGUAUUGGUGUGUUCAUAACUGUCUACGGAAACUCGGACGAUACCUCUCCGGGUUCAAAUCCAUUCGUAGGAAACCUGUUAGCGCUGGUCUCGGCAAUUUCGUAUGCACUGUACCAAGUUGCGUAUAAGAAAUGGGCCGUACCGAGUACGUCAAUUGCGCCGUCUUAUGAAGAUGGAGAAGAGGACGAAGCUGCGCCUUUGUCAGGAGACGGUGGUGAACCUCUACCCUUUGGUCUGUUUGCGAACUUUGUGACUUCAACCGCUGGAGUGGUCACGUUUGCAGUCUUAUGGAUUCCGAUGACUUUUUCGAAUUGGUUUGGAAAGGGCGGCUAUGAGUUGCCGGGUGAUGUGUGGACUGGAACGUGUGUAGGGCUGAUUGCUCUUUCGGGGUUGGUGUUUAAUGCUGGAUUCAUGAUUUUGUUAUCCUUGUGGGGUCCAAUCGUAGCGAGCGUUGGAAACCUGUUGACGAUUGUUUUGGUUAUGCUAGCUGAUGGUAUGUAA